CUGAUGGAUGUGCAGAACUUGCGAAUCGAGGAGCUCUUGCAGAAGAUCAAGCAGCAGCAGUACAAGCUGGACAAGCAGAAUCUGCAGAUUAAAAGCCUGCAGAGCAAGGUCAAUCUACUGAUCCCCUUACACCUGAAGGACAACAAAACGCAGUCUCCGAAGUGGAAGAUAAACCUGAAGAAGAGCCUCAGCCUCACCAACCAGAGCCAGAACGCUAGUGGGGAGCCAGUCCUGACGCAGAAGCUCCCGGAGGAUUGCCACCAGCUCUUCCUGGACGGGCAGCAAAGCAGCGGUGUUUUCCAAGUGCAGCCUACAGGGUCUCAGCCCUUCAAAGUCUACUGUGACAUGACUGCAGAAGGUGGCUGGACAGUGAUCCAGAGGCGCACAGAUGGCUCUGUGGACUUUGACCAGCUUUGGGAUGCCUACAAGAAUGGCUUUGGAGACCUUCGUGGUGACUUCUGGCUGGGCCUGGAGAAGAUACAUCACCUUGUCCAAGAGGGAAGAUACGAUCUCCUGAUUGAGCUGGAAGACUGGGAGGGAAAUUCCCAGGUGGUUCAAUUUGUCUUCAGCCUUGGUGGUGAGAGCACAGCCUACAUGCUCAACCUGCUGGGACCUCUGUCUGGAGAGCUGGAAAAUGCCAUCGGGGACUUCAGGCAGCUGCCCUUCUCCACUCGGGAUCGCGACCACGACCUCAAAGCUGACACAAACUGUGCCAAACACCUCUCAGGUGGCUGGUGGUUCAGCACCUGUGGCCAUGCCAACCUCAAUGGGAAGUACUUCCGCUCCAUCCCCCGCCAGAGGCACGAGCGCAAGCAGGGCAUCUUCUGGAAGACAUGGAAAGGCAGGUAUUACCCACUGAAGUCAACCACCAUGAAAAUCCAACCUGCAGCACUGGAAGCAGAGCCCUAAAGCUGCCACUUGAGACUUGACCUUCUCUGUGGAGCACAGACCUGAGCUCCAUCACUUGGUGUUUACAGAAAACAAACCCACCCUCCCCAGGAAGUCCCCCGAGGAGCAUUUCUCGUUAGCAGCCCUUUAGUGGCAUGACACAGCUCCUCGCUGUAAGUAAAACAGCUCCAUGUUGCUGAAACCCCUGGAUGGGAGCUCCCAAACCAGAAGAGGAGCCACCAGCAGGGAGAUCCACCUCCAGAGCAUGCACAAGGGUCUUCCAACCUGCCACAUGCUGCUGUGGCAAAUUCAAGUUGUCUGGUGCUUUCUGUCCUGUCUGAACACUUCUGUGCUGGUUUUGAUGGGCUGGGGGGAAGGGGAGCACAUUGAAGUGUUUCGCUACCCUGGACCCAAGCGUUGGGUACGGAGCCUUGCUGUGUCCUGUCUCUCAUUGCUGUUCCCAAAUGUUGUCCUAUGUACCCUUCUGUGAAAGCCCCCAGAGCCUCCUUCCCCAGCUGGUGCCAUGGGGCAGUGAGCCUUGGGCAGCUCCAUCUGCACAGCCCCUGCUCUGGUGACUUCAACGAGCUGAGAAUAUGGGUUUUGAUGGGAAGACUGAAGGACACCCUGUGCAGAAGGGGACCUCAGGCUCACUUGGCUUCUCUGGCCCCCAUGGCUUCAAAGCCCUGUAUUUCUGGCUGUACUGGAAUUUGCUGGGAGCUGGGGAAACCGCUUCCAGCUCCAGGAGACGAUGGGUGGGAUCCUGCAGCCGGUUGCAUGAGGGCCAGAUCCUGG